GUUUUCCCCCCAAAGGCGCAUCCAAUUUCCAGCCUUCUACUUGACUACUUCUACCGAGAGAAAGGGAGGUAAAAGGAGAGAAAGGUAUGGCAAGUUUGUACGGUUCAAUAACUGUUCUUGCCGCCCUCUUUCAGUUAACAAUUCAUCUGAACUCAUGCCUAGCAGCUCGAACAAAUCUUCGUAAGGAAGCCAACACCCAAUUCAUCAAAACCUCUUGCAGUGGCACAGUCUAUCCUGACUUGUGUAUCACGACCCUCUCUAGCUAUGCAAGCGAAAUCCAAGCCAGUCCCAAGUUAUUAGCCAGUACGGCCCUCUCCGUGACACUUAAUUCCACUCGUUCCGCUUCAAAAACGAUGAUAAAACGAUCCAAAAGCCAGGGCAUGAAGCCUAGAGAGGCUGAAGCCCUGAGCGAUUGCAUGGAAGAACUAAGGGACUCGGUAUACGAGCUCCAAAGGUCAGUUGGUGAAAUGGAUCAGCCUGGAGGCAAAAAUUUUGGUCUCCAAAUGAAUGAUAUAGAAACAUGGGUGAGCGCAGCUUUGACUGAUGAGCAUACCUGCAUGGAUGGCUUCUCUGGUAAAGCCAUGAAUGGGAAUGUUAAAACCUCUGUGAGGAGCCAAAUUGUUAAAGUUGCACAUAUGACAAGCAAUGCCUUGGCUCUUGUCAACAGCUAUGCAGCUGCCAUACAGAACCCGUGAUCAACUUUACACUAGUGUAGAUGUUCUAUAUGCAUUUUGCCGGGGACCCAUGAAAU